GUCCUCUCUUGGCUAGAAGGAGCUGAGAGACGCGAGGUUUCGGCAGCCGGGCGGGAAAAGCCACUUCCUAGCAAGCCCUGCCCUCAUUCAUUAUGGUGGACUCUCCCGCCCCGCUCCACGGCAGAGCGGGCGAAACCAAAGCCUGCUGGAGGCGGGGGGAUACAGCCUGUGCUGGGCGCUCCCUCCUGUCUAAAGCUCCGCGGAGGGCAGCCCCCUGCGCGGAGGGCGGUGGGUCCGUCGCAGGCGGGGCGCUCCGUCUGCCCUCCCGCCUUGGGUUGCGGUGGGGAGUUACGGUAGGCGGGGAGCAGCGACUUCCUCUUUCCGUGAGCUCGCCGGUGACGGCAGACGGAGGGGAACCGAGGGGAAGUGUUCCCCUCUCCGGGUGCGCUGUGGUUCGUCCCGACCGCUGCCCUGGAGGGACAAAAAAGGGGGCCGCUGGGGUGUGUGGCAUGAUGAGUUCCCCUGGCAGGGCCAGCAGCGCCUAUCCCCUGCACGUCCUGGUCUGGAAUAACGACUACAGGAGGCUGGAUGUGGAGCUGCAGGACAAGGAUGUUGAUCAGCGGGAUCCACGAGGCCGGACCUUGCUGCACCUUGCUGUUUCCUUGGGUUACAUAGAAUCUGCCAAAGUCCUGCUCCAACACAAGGCAGAUGUCACCAAAGAGAAUGGGCAGGGGUGGACAGUUUUACAUGAGGCUGUCAGUACAGGAGAUCCAGAGAUGGUACAAAUGAUUCUGCAGCACCGUGACUACCAGCAGACUGCGAUGACCCUUGGAGGAGUUCCUGAAUUACUCCAGAAGAUAAAUGAGACUCCUGACUUCUAUGUGGAGAUGAAAUGGGAGUUCACUAGCUGGGUCCCCCUGGUUUCCAGAGUUUGUCCAAGUGAUGUCUGUCGCAUCUGGAAAAGUGGCGCUAAGCUGCGUGUGGACCUCACUCUGCUGGGCUUUGAAAACAUGAGUUGGGAGAGAGGGAGACGUAGUUUGAUCUUCAAGGGAGAAGAUACUGGAGGUUGGGCAGAGCUGAUUGAGAUCAAUCAUGAUGAGAAGUUUGUUACAACAGAACGUUUUGAGAUCUCCCAGCACAUGCAGCGUUUGACCUUGGGCUCUAUGACGCCGAAGAGAAAAGAUGUGGAGCGCCGCCUCACGUCUCCCAUCAUCAACACGUGCCUUGAUACAAAAAACAUUGCUUUUGAAAGAACCACCUCUGGAUUCUGGGUGUGGAAGACAGAGAGAGCAGAAGGUGUGAAUGGUUAUGAAGCAAAGGUGUACUUUGCAAACAACGUGAACGUGGUCACCAAAAUCCGAACAGAGCACUUGACAGAAGAGGAGAAGAAGAGAUACAAAGCUGACAGAAAUCCGCUGGAAUCCUUUCUGGGUACAGUGGAGCAUGAGUAUGGUGCUCAGAGUUCGACCAAGACAACAGAGUAUGCUGCAAGUAACAACCCCACUGCUAUUACCCUGGAGGAAUACUUUGACCCAGAGUUUGAUUUGAAAGGUAGAGACAUUGGAAGACCAAAGGAAGUCACCAUUCGAACUCAGAAAUUCAAAGCCACCUUGUGGAUGAGUGAGGAGUUUCCUUUGUCUCUCAUGGAACAAGUCACUCCAAUCAUUGAUCUGAUGGCCAGGACAAGUGCUCAUUUUGCCAGACUUCGGGAUUUCAUCACUCUGGAAUUUCCACCAGGAUUUCCUGUCAAAAUUGAAAUUCCCCUCUUCCACGUGCUGAAUGCCCGAAUUACGUUUGAGAAUGUCAACGGCUGCAGGACAGCUGACAAAAACUCCUCCCAAGGGGUCGGAGCUGCACAGUGUGAGUCAGGUGCUAACUUUGAGGUUGACCAGUCAGUGUUUGAGAUUCCCAAAUCCUACCAUGUCCAAGAUGAUGGCAGGAACAUCCAUGUGCAGGAUGAAGAUAAUGAGAUCAUGCAGUUUGCUAUCCAGCAGAGCCUGUUGGAAUCUGGUGGCAGUAAGGACUUGGGGGUGCACUCCAACGGAGCAGUUGCAUAUUCACAGGACUUCAGCAUACAGUAUCAGAGGGCACUGCAGGAGAGCUUUCUCACAAGCUCAGGUACCUCACACUCCAGCACCCCAAAUGAACCUUCCAGCUUUGAGAAGGACUUGCAGCUUGCCAUGGAGCUGUCCGUGAGGGAGCAGGAGGAACGGGAGAGGCAGCGCCGUGAAGAGGAAGAUGCAGAGCUGCAGCAAGCUUUACAGCUUUCUCUGGUGGAAAAAUAACUCUGCAGCCAUCUCCUGAAGCAAGGAGGACCAAAUCUGUGUCAAGCUGAGAGCUUCCAAAGCUACCAGCCUGAAGACCACUCCUGGAUUGCUUAAGUAAUCAUUUCACCUGCCUUCUAAGUUGACAUCAUCAACCACCAACAGCUGAUUUCCUUUGGUGUGAGGGAGUUUCAGCUCAUGGGGACACUGUGUUUGGCUCCCCAGCCACAAAGUCCUGUCUUGGAAGGAAAAGUUUGUAUCAGGAGGCAUUUACUGAAGAGCAGCUGGGAAUUUUGCUUAGCCUCAGGAUAUAGGAUUGCAGCAAAGCUUGAACUUUAUGGGGGAGCUCAGGAGGGGAAACUUCAUUACUUACCAAAGAGAUACUCAUCUGCUUAGUCACUUCUGAAUAAUUCAAAGCCAUUGCCUGUUUCUUCCAGUGGGCUUGUGGAAGAGUCUCUCCACACACAGCACACACAAGGUAGUUCCUCCUGCUGACAGAUGUUUUCUGUUAGUGAUUCUCUCUUCUCUAGUUGCUGAGACUUUGCCAUGCACUCCUGCUUAAGAGGGAUCGUUUUAUACUUGAACAGCUCAUCCAAGCUCCAGAUUAAAACCAGUGCUUUCUGAAGAGGACAAAACAAGUAGCCAGUAACAUGUUUUUAGAUCCCAAAAUGGGACCACCCAAGUGAAGCAGCAGCUUCUGCAGCGAUUCCAAACCAGCCUGCUCAAAUAGAGAGCAGCAGAAAAAUCAGUGCUGGCUUAGAGGUGCUGCCUGGGGACCGCUCUGUGUGCGUCUGGUGUGUGGGUGCUGAAUUCAAACAGGAGCUCAAAUCGAGGGCAGAUCUUGAUGCAGCCCUUCUUGGGAGAUCAGUUUUCAUUCUGACAUCUUGAAAGGGAAACCUGUGUUGCUUUUUGAAGCUUCCAGAUGCUCACCCUUCAUGUGAAUACAUCUAUUUUUUUACCUGACUAUUUGUAUUGAUUUUUAAACCAGGCCAAUGAUGACCUAACAGCCAGCUUGUGACAGUUCCCAGGUGUCUUUCACCCAGCUUUCCUCAGCUCUUUCCUCUUGGGAGAGAUGUGGAGCUAUUUUAUCUGCACUUCUCUUGGUGUUUACAGCACUUCCACUGUGACUCUUUAAGUGUACUCCACGAGGACAUGCUGGAUACCCACAGGAAAGCCUUACAGGGUAUAAAUGUGAGCAAUACUCUGCUCUGCCUGGCAGAAGCCUGCAGAGCUUGUAUGGUACCUAUGCUCUAAGCUUUGCUACCUAAUCCUGCACGUGUUCCUGGGGCAAAACAGGGUGGGUUUGGGGUGACCAACUCUUAACCUCUGUAAAGUCACCUUAACCUGGGCUCGCUUGUAACCAGUGAGGUGGUUGGGAACUCAGAACCUGAUUUGAACCCAACAGUUCAUUGUUUUACAUAGCAGAUGAUUAAAAUCCCACCAGUGUGCACUGGA